AUGUCAGUUACUGAUCCCUUCGUCGAAUUUGAAAAGAACCUCGAGGAUCGAAUUACUGAAACAGCCGCGGAAUGGGAUCGUGAGAAGGACAGCCUUACGUCAAGUCUAGAACAAUUUUACGAAGAAAAAUGUCUGAAAGAGCCUUCCAAAUUUCCAAAGAAGGCCAUCCAAGUCAUGCAAGAUUUUAAAAAGAAGGCACUUGAAUCGCUCCAAGACCUGCUCGAAUGUGUCUGUACCACACAACAGAGCCAGGACAAGGAGACCAAGCGCCAACUCAAAGUUCUGGUAUCUAUUUUGAAGGAACAAUUUCAGACGUACACGUCACGAAGCGACCAAGAAGAGCGUAAUUUACGACAUCGGUUGCUCGGGAUGGAGAGGAACAGGCCCCCUAAUCCUGCAUCAAACCUUGAGCAGAAGCCAGAAAAGCCCGUACCAAAACGUCGAACUUCCAUGUACAAACGCGUUGGCAGUGCUGGGAAGGCUUUCGAGCGUGCCAAAGUUGCUGAGAGGAUCAUAGGUAGCCAACAGGCCAAUUGGCAGCCAAGACGCUCUCGCCAUUCUCGUCAGAGACAGAAUGCUAUACGUAUGGAAAAGACCUUAAGAGGUCUAAACGAGAACUCAGCUAUUUCUGGGCUGUACAACCGAUCGCAAACUUAUGGUAAUCCGAAAGGACCGGCUCGUCGCACCUCCAUGACGGCCUCUAGACCACCCACAGCGACCCGGCCCAAGAGGCGGUACACAGGAAGAUCUCUAUGGCAGGAACUCAAUGAUUCCGAGUUGCAUAGUGACGAGCCUGACGAUGCUCUUGACAAGAUACUCGCCAAACCUCCUUUUAAGCAGGAGGCUGUCGCUGCUCAGGGUUAUAGGCAUCCUCGCAUAGGUGAGGGACUCCUUAUAGACGACGCAUUUGCUCUUGGGCAGCAACUCAAUGAAGAGUUCAGUACCACAUCCUCUCUGGCUGAUGCUGAAGACUCGGAUAGUGAGGAUACCGAAGUCGAAGAAAUGGCCGAAGAGGGAAAAGAGCAACAGAAGAGGGGUCUUCAAGGCACCAUCAUGCCUUCACCCAACAGGUGGCAGAGUAGUCUGAAGGAGGAGAAUACUCCACAGAAGGACAGCGAUGAUGAGAAGGAGGCUGUCUCUGAAGACAAGAAAGGAGAUGGCCCUGCUAAAGACAUGUCGAGCAACGGCACUGGUGAAUGCUCAAACAUACCGGAAGCAUCCCAAGAGGCGAACACGCCAGCACCAGGGAACAGCGAUGGCGGCGAUGAUCCGGAUCCAGAUCCUACUGAAGGGGCUUCCGCUGAUAUUGCCCUUUCACAAUCAUCCACAAAGACUUCUGGUAGCUUCCAAUCCUUGAAAAAGUGGUCUCGGGUCUUGAUAUUGCUGGUGAGGAAGUUUAUACUUGAACAGGUCUGGGCUUGGUGUCUUGCCUUUGCGUUUGUCUAUCGACUUAUCUCCUGGUUUUUUCGCCGUCUCGUCAGGCGUAGGACCGUGGAUAACGACGGCAAAGCGCUGAAAUUCCCCACCCCACCUCCGUAUGUGGAGGUGGUCGCUUUCAACAUUCUUUUCUUCCUAUCAUUCCAGCACCAACAAAGAUUCUUUCUAUUUUCACGUGCCUUUAAUAAACAGACUCCAACGCACGACUCCAACGUCAUUCGUCUUCAACGUCAUAUUGCAACAUCAUCAAUCAACAGACCCAAACUCACAACCUCUCUCACUCUACCAGCACAGAAUCACAACCUCAGCACACAAUCAGAAAUCUCCAACUCUGCAGAAAUGUCGUCCAAACUCAUCCCUUCAGACCCUGAUCAUGUCAUGGUCAUUCGAAAUGUCACCCCCAACAUUGCCACUUUCUCAGUCCCCUUUUCACGAUUUGGAAAGGUCAAGAUCGGUGGCCGAGGCACUCUAGUCAAACUCACCUCUGGAGGCCUUGCCAUCUUCUCACCAGUCGCACUCACCAAAGCCACCCAAGCCAAAGUCGUGGAGAUGGGAGGCGACGUCCGCUAUAUCGUUGCUCUGGACUAUGAGCACCAUAUCUUCAUUUCUGAGUGGAAAAACGAGUACCCUUCAGCCAAGAUCAUCGGCCCAGAGGGUCUGCCAGAAAAGCGAGCCAAGCAGACCGACGAUCCUAAGAUCAACGAUGAUGAGUUUGCUGUUGUCUUCAAGAAGGAAAACAAGCGGGAAAUCAAGAUUGACCCCGACUUCGAUGCCGACUUUGACUAUGAAUACGUCGACGGCCACGCCAACCUUGAGAUUGUCUUCUUCUACAAGCCUGAGCAAGUCCUGAUCCAGGCUGAUCUUCUCUUUAACCUACCCCCCACCGAGCAGUACAGUAAAGUGCCCGAAUCCGAAUUGCCCGCCGAUGGAGCUGUUGGCAAGCUUUUCGCAUGCGUUCAGAACCCCCGUGGUGAUACCAAGUGGUUACAGAGAUUCAACUGGUAUCUCCUCGCCAAGAACCGUGAAAGUUUCAACGACAGCAUGGCGCAGAUCGCCAAGUGGGACUUUCAUACCAUGGUCCCUUGCCAUGGAGAUGUUCUGGAGGGAGACGGAAAGGAGGUGUUUAUGAAGGUGUUUGACUGGCAUCUCCAGGGACACAAAUAG